AUGCCUCCGUCUGCCCAGGCGCAUUCGCGCUCUCACGCGCUGCUGCUCCUGCAGAAAUUACUCAAUUUGCGCGAUAGUGCCAGCCCGCUCACAUUGGUUCUCGACACUCUGGAGCAGAGCGGCCGGCCGGUGAUUCGUGAGUUUAUCGCCAGAGCAAAGGUCUCCAAGUCCAAGGUCCUCUACGUCUCGCUCGCGACGCUGCGCAAGCCCGCGGGCGUCGACGUCUUCGUCAAGGCGCGGGGCAAGUCGGCCGACGCCCUGCGCGCCGAGAUCGUCUCGCACUACCCGUCCGGGGCGCCGGGCCACGCGCACAAGGUGCUGGUGGUGGUGGACACGCUCAACCCGCUGUGCGCGUCGGCGCCCUCCCAGCUGCCCCAUCUCCUCUCGUCGCUGAUCACGGGCCCCGCCGUCUCGCUGGUCGCCCUCUACCACGCCGACGUGCCCGUCGUCCUGCCCAGGUCGUUUGGCGAGUAUGAGCCCCAUCCCCUGACCGUGCUGUGCCACUUGGCGACGGCGAUCCUGAGGGUUGGGAGCCUGUAUCAGGCGAUCAAGCGCAAAGAGGCUCGAGAUCGCAGCCUGCAGGAGCCGGAGUGGGGGAUCAAUGAGGGCCGCGAGGGCGUACUGAUCGGACUCAAGGGGAGGGAGAAGCUGAGCAAGGAGGACGGCGACGGCCUGGUGGUCGAGAUGGAGGUGAGACGACGGAGCGGGCGGUCUGUGGGAGAGAAAUUCGUGCUGGUCCCCGGAGAGAACAUGAGCCUGGCAUCCAAGAUCGCACUGCUGUCCGAUCACCCGAAAUUCAAAGAGCCGGCCGGCGACGACGGCGGCGCGGGAGAUGAAGGUGAAGACGCCGAGACGACGUUUAGUCUGGGCUUGACGGAAAAGCAGCGGCGGGAUCGUGAAGGCAUUGUGCUGCCGUACUUCGAUGCCCAGACCGAUAUAGGAGCAGGGGAGGGCGGCCGGAUUCUGUACGAGAUGGGCCGGGAAGAUGACUUUGAUGACGAAGAAGACGAGAUAUAG